AUGCCUCACUUGCAAAACAGCGCUUUGCUCUCGUCGGAUUCGUCGGAUGCCGAGAACGAGGAUUUCGAGCAAAUCGCAAAUCCUCGUCCAGUGCCCGUGUUGACUGCUCUCUCUCCACCGAUGCAUCAACAAAUAUCCAACUCUUCAUCGGCGAUUCCUCAACGAUUUGAUGCUACACCUCAAGGCAAGCCAAGCUCUUUGAGAAAUCCGCCAAAAUAUGUGGAAAAGUCGAUUGAAGAAGAGAAAAAAUGUAUCAAAGCGGGCGGAGAUCGAACGAAACUGGCCAAUCUGAAGCGCUGUUUGGAUGAGUAUCGACAGGAACGAGCCGCCAUUGAGCACGCCUUGCAAUCCGGCGGAAAUCAUCAGCAACACAUCACCACCGAUGAUCAAACUGUGCGCGGAUAUUCGAUGAAUCAACAACAAAGCGUGCAAAAGUUUGCCCCACCAACGUACAAUGCGGUGGUGCAAAAGUUUGCCCCACCUUCUGAUGAUGGUUUCAGGUUCUUUUUCUGGGGAGGUGGUUUCUUCGAGAAGUUUCGCCGUCUCUUCUUCGAA